UCUCUGGUCUGCUAAUAAGGUAUUUGAAGAGCUGACAGACAUUGAAAGGCAGUUCCACAAGGCCUUCUACACUGUUCGGGCCUAUCUAAACUGUGACCGGUACUCAGUGGGGCUCCUGGACAUGACCAAAGAGAAGGAAUUCUUUGAUAUCUGGCCUGUGCUGAUGGGGGAAGCCCAGCCAUACUCAGGCCCACGAACACCUGAUGGCCGGGAAAUUGUCUUCUACAAAGUCAUUGAUUAUAUCCUCCAUGGCAAGGAAGACAUCAAAGUCAUUCCCACACCCCCAGCUGAUCACUGGGCCCUGGCCAGUGGCCUUCCAACCUAUGUAGCAGAAAGCGGCUUUAUCUGUAACAUCAUGAAUGCUUCAGCUGAUGAAAUGUUCAACUUUCAGGAGGGGCCCCUGGAUGAUUCUGGGUGGGUGAUCAAGAAUGUUCUCUCCAUGCCCAUUGUUAACAAGAAGGAGGAGAUUGUGGGGGUGGCGACCUUCUACAACAGGAAAGAUGGGAAGCCCUUUGAUGAUCAAGAUGAAGUUCUCAUGGAGUCUCUGACACAGUUCUUGGGAUGGUCAGUGCUGAAUACUGAUACCUAUGACAAGAUGAACAAGCUGGAGAACCGUAAGGACAUCGCCCAGGACAUGGUUCUGUACCAUGUGAGAUGCGACAAAGAUGAGAUCCAGAGAAUCUUGCCAACAAGGGAUCGCCUGGGGAAAGAGCCUGCUGACUGUGAGGAGGAUGAGCUGGGGAAAAUCUUGAAAGAAGAACUUCCAGGGCCUACCAAGUUUGACAUCUAUGAGUUCCACUUCUCUGACCUGGAGUGUACUGAGCUGGAGCUCGUCAAAUGUGGCAUCCAGAUGUACUAUGAGCUGGGUGUAGUCCGAAAGUUCCAGAUUCCUCAGGAGGUCCUGGUGCGGUUCCUGUUUUCUGUCAGCAAAGCCUAUCGAAGAAUUACCUACCAUAACUGGCGCCAUGGCUUCAAUGUAGCCCAGACCAUGUUUACAUUACUCAUGACAGGAAAACUGAAGAGCUAUUACACAGACCUGGAAGCCUUUGCCAUGGUUACAGCUGGCCUGUGCCAUGACAUUGACCACCGUGGCACCAACAACCUGUACCAGAUGAAAUCUCAGAAUCCUCUAGCCAAGUUACAUGGCUCCUCAAUUCUAGAACGGCACCACCUGGAAUUUGGGAAGUUUCUGUUGGCAGAGGAGAGCCUAAACAUCUACCAGAACCUGAACCGGCGGCAACAUGAACAUGUGAUCCACCUCAUGGACAUUGCCAUCAUUGCCACUGACCUAGCUCUCUACUUCAAGAAGAGAACAAUGUUCCAGAAGAUUGUGGAUGAGUCUAAGAACUAUGAAGACAAGAAGAGUUGGAUCGAGUACUUAUCCCUAGAGACAACACGAAAGGAGAUAGUCAUGGCCAUGAUGAUGACUGCAUGUGACCUGUCUGCUAUUACUAAGCCCUGGGAAGUCCAGAGCAAGGUUGCUCUUCUUGUGGCUGCUGAGUUCUGGGAACAAGGAGACUUGGAAAGGACUGUCUUGGAUCAACAGCCCAUUCCCAUGAUGGACCGGAACAAAGCAGCUGAGCUCCCCAAACUGCAAGUUGGUUUCAUCGACUUUGUAUGUACUUUCGUGUACAAGGAAUUUUCCCGUUUUCACGAAGAGAUCCUGCCCAUGUUUGAUAGACUGCAAAAUAACAGAAAGGAGUGGAAAGCACUAGCUGAUGAGUAUGAGGCCAAAGUCAAAGCCCUGGAGGAAGAAAAAAAGAAGGAAGAAGACAGAAUAGCAGCCAAGAAAGUGGGCACAGAAAUUUGCAAUGGUGGUCCAGCACCCAAGACCUCAACCUGCUGUAUCCUGUAAAACCUGCCUAGUGGCUUCUGGUCCCUCCUGCCACUUUUACUCACUGGAGAUGGACUCUGCCUAUAGAAGUUUGGUAUGACAUUAGGAAACAGAAAAAAAAAAAAAAAAUUGAUUAAAUAUAACUGAUUAUUUUGAAAUUUUCAAUUUUUUUUCAAAUUAAAGCCAACUAUGAAU